AGCAGAUCAAGAUGGCGGCGUACGGCGCGGAGCGCUGGCUGAGCGAGUUGCAAAACCACGAAGUUUUCAAAAUAAUCCGCGACAAGUUGGAUUUGGACCCGCGACCUAACGAGAGAAAGGUCGCCAAGAACCUCUCCUUUUGUGUCGGCGGGGACUUCUUCGUGUGGGACGACGCGGACUGCGUGUUCUACACGACCAACCUGCGGCAGCUGAACUCGGACGCGGGUCCCGGCGGGAAGCAGCACCAGACCCUCGGGUGCAGCAACCCUCCUCUCUUCCCCGUGUGCCACGUGCUGCUGAGCCCCACGCAGCAGCACGUGGCGCUGGUGGGGCAGCGCGGGGUGUCGGUGCUGGAGCUGCCGCAGCGCUGGGGCAAGAGGUCCCAGUUCGAGGGGGGCAAGGAGCACAUCACCUGCAGGACCAUCCCGGUGGCCGAGCGCUUCUUCACCAGCUGCGCCGCAGUGCGCCUGCGCCAGGCGGCCUGGUGCCCCAGCGAGACGGACGAGCCGCACCUGGUGCUGCUCACCUCCGACAACACGCUGCGCUUCUACGGGCUGCGCUGGCCGCAGGCCCCGGCCGCCGUGCUGCCGGUGUCCCAGUGGGAGGAGGAGGGCAGCAGCAGCAGCAGGGUCAGCCCCCCGGCGCGCUCCUACGCUGCUUCCCUGGGGGAGAUCGCCGUGGCCUUCGCCUUCGGGCCCAUCUCGUCCCCUCCCCGGCCGGUGCUGGUGCCGGGACGCUCCUUCACAGAGGAGCAGCAGCAGGCGUACCCGCUGUUCAUCCUCUACGAGAACGGGGAGACCUACGUGAGCUACACCCGCCUGGCCAACGGCGUGAGUCUGAGCAAGCCGGCCGGACCCCUGCCCAUGUACCCGGCGGCCGAAGACAACUACGGCUACGACGCCUGCGCCAUCCUCUGCCUGCCCUGCGUGCCCAACAUCCUGGUCAUCGCCACGGAGACGGGCACCCUGUACCACUGCGUGGUGCUGGAGUCCGAGGAGGAGGAGGACACGGGGGCGGUGAAGAAGUGGAUCCGCGGGGGGGAAGCGAUCCCGGCUCUCUACGUCUUCGAGUGCGUGGAGCUGGAGCUCACACUCAAAGUGGCGACGGGGGAGGACGAGGAGCCGCAGGAGUUUGACUUCACCUGUCCCAUCCGGCUGCACAGGGACCCGCUGUGCCAGCACCGGUACCACUGCACCCACGAGGCCGGCGUGCACAGCGUGGGGCUCACGUGGGUCAGCAAGCUGCAGAACUGCCUGCAGUCCAACGAGGAGGUGAAGGACGGCCUGCAGGAGCUGGCUGCAGAGAAGCGCUGCAUCGUGGAGCACAUUAUCUGCACCAGACCCACGCUGACCAGCCAGUCGGCCCCCAUCACGGGGUUUUUGAUCGUGUCUGACCUGUCCCUGGGGGCCACCAUGAUCUGCAUCACCAGCACCUACGAGUGCAUCAUGUUGCCCCUGCUGAGCUCCAUCCGGCCCCCGUCCCCUCCGCUGCUCUGCUCCCACCCGGGCCUGGGUCCGGGCUCCGUCAGCUCCCCGCUACGCAGCCUGGCCGAGGACUCGUUCGAGCAGCACAUCCGCAACAUCCUGGCCCGCGGCUCCACCAAUCCCCUGGUGCUGAAAGCCGGGGACAAGGACACGUCGCCCCCGCCGGCCGAGUGCCUGCAGCUGCUCAGCAGGGCCACGCAGGUCUUCCGCGAGGAGUACUUCCUGAAGCAGGACAUGGCCCGCGAGGAGAUGGAGAGGAGGGUGAAACUCCUGAAGGGCCAGAAGAGCAAGCAGCUGGAGGAGAUGACUCUGUGCAGGGAGGAGAGAAGAAGUCUGACGGAGACGGCGGAAAGGCUGGCGGAUAAGUACGAGGAUGCAAAGUACCGGCAGGAGGUCAACAUGAACCGGGUCAAGAAGGUGCUGUGCAGCCUGAAAAGCCAGCUCCCCAUCCUGUCCCACAGCGAGAAGGACAUGAAGAAGGAGCUGCAGGCGAUCAGCGAUCAGCUGAAACACCUCGACAACUGCAUCAAGCAGGUGAACAUGAAGAUGGACUACCAGAAGACGCAGGUGGACAAGGACUCGUCCGCAGGCAAGAGCACGGUGUCGCUCAACGCCCCGCAGAAGAAGGUGGUCCGGGACGUCCUCAGAGAGCAGGGACAGCAGAUCGGUGACAUGAUGAAGCAGAUCAAAGAAGUCAAAAACCACUUUAGCUUCUGAGGAACUUCAGAAACUCCUAAACUUAUUUGUUGGGGAAAAAAAUACAAAUUCUGCCUUUCUUGUAACACGUUGUGUUAAUUCCUUUACCUUCAUGUGAACGGAGGUUUGUGGAAUGGAUAUUUGAAUCAAAAGAUAUUUUUUACUUCCACCAUUUAACUUUACUUUUGAUACAACAUAUGAUUUGCUUGUUGAAAUACAUGUUUUUCUUUCUUUUUUUGGUUUGAGUAACUACGGGCAAAAUAAACCCUGUAUAGAUGUUUAAAAAACAAUUUGAGCUGCAGGAAUUUUUUUGUGAGUCUUUGACUUUUGUGAUUAAAAAAAAUAAACUUGA